AUGGCGAUUGGAGCACCAGGUUCGCAUCAGCCCAACGAGACGAGCAACAACAUCCUCGAGAACGUGUGGGCUAGCAUCAUGACAAGGUCAACUACUCCGGCGUCGUCGACGGUGGUGUCGUCGGAGGGCGGCGAAGAGAAGCCGGAGGCGAUCUUGCAUAGGCUGCCGAGCCUGGGGAGGUGGAUUUCCAUAGGAGCAGAGGAGUGGGACGUGCUCCUCAGUGGAACGGCGCUCACGUCCGACGCUUCAGGUGGGCUGCUCGUCGCCUCACCGGCGAACCAAGAAGACCGACAUGACCGGGCCAGCUCCAUGGCAGCGGCCGCGUGCAAGAGCUACAGGGGGGUGAGGCGGCGGCCGUGGGGCAAGUUCGCCGCCGAGAUACGCGACACGCGGAGGAAAGGCGCGCGGGUGUGGCUGGGCACGUUCACGACCGCCGAGGAGGCCGCGCUCGCGUACGACAAGGCGGCGCUGCGCAUGCGCGGACCGCGCGCGCACCUCAACUUCCCGCUCGACGUGGUGCAGCGCGAGCUGGCCGCUGGGAACGGAUGCGCCGAGGCGACCCGCGUGCUGCGCCGCAAGAGGAGGAGAGGUAGUAGCGCAGCUGACACAUCAAGAAGCCAUGGCAAUGUCAGUACGGCAGCAGCAGGUUCUGAUCAGACGAUAGUGUCAUUCACUUGGGGAAGUGAUCAAGGAACAACGACGACGCAGGAACAUUCUAGCAGUGAUGCAAGAGGAGUGAUUGAGUUUGAGGACACCGGUGGCGAGUACUGGGACUACUUGUUCGCGCCUCUGGUGUAG